GGGCGGGGCGCGAGGAGCCGCGGCUGGUGCGGCGGCGGCGGGAGAUGCGGGCGGCUGCGGGCACCCGGCGGGCUUGGCUCGGCCGCCGGUGCCUUCUCCGGCUCCGCCGCGGGGGUCGCAGCGGCUGCCGCGCCAUCCUCGAGCUCCCAGCUUGAGAAGGCGGCGGGCGGAGAGGAGCAUCGUGUUCGAGGCGGAGACCCAGAGGGAGCCCCGCGCGCGGCCUCGCUCAUUGCUAUGGACAGUGCUAUCACCCUGUGGCAGUUCCUCCUUCAGCUCCUAAAGGAGCCUCAGAACGAUCACAUGAUCUGCUGGACCUCUAAUAAUGGGGAGUUCAAGCUUUUGCAGGCCGAAGAGGUGGCUCGUCUCUGGGGGAUUCGAAAGAACAAGCCUAAUAUGAAUUAUGACAAACUCAGCCGAGCCCUCAGAUACUAUUAUGUGAAGAAUAUCAUUAAAAAAGUGAAUGGUCAGAAGUUUGUGUACAAGUUUGUCUCGUACCCAGAGAUUUUGAACAUGGAUCCGAUGACAGUGGGCAGGGUUGAGGGAGACUGCGAAGCUUUAAGCGUCAGUGAACUCAGCAGCAACAGUUCCAAAGAUGUGGAGAAUGGCGGGAAAGAGAAGCCAGCACAGCCUGGUGCCAAGACCUCUAGCCGCAAUGACUACAUACACUCUGGCUUAUAUUCUUCAUUUACUCUCAACUCUUUGAACUCCUCCAACAGGAAGCUUUUCAAAUCUAUAAAGGUUGAGAAUCCAGCUGAGAAAUUGGCAGAGAAAAAAUCUCCUCAGGAGCCAACACCAUCUGUUAUCAAAUUUGUAACCACACCUGCCAAAAAGCCACCAGUUGAACCUCUUGCUGCUGCCAUUUCUACUGGCCCAAGUAUUUCUCCAUCUUCAGAAGAAACUAUGCAAGCGUUGGAGAAUUUGGCUUCCCCCAGACUGCCUUCUCUGGAAGCACCAACUUCUGCAUCUAGUGUAACUGCCGCUUUUACCACCACACCACCUAUUUCAUCUGUGUCCCCUCUGCAGGAGCCUUCUAGAACACCUUCACCACCACUGAGUUCCAACCCAGACAUGGACACAGACAUGGAAUCAGUGGCUUCUCAGCCAAUGGAACUUCCGGAGGACUUGUCCCUGGAGCCUAAAGACCAGGAUUUGGCUUUGCCAGAAAAGGACAAAACAAAUAAUUCAUCAAGGUCCAAGAAACCCAAGGGGUUAGAGCUGGCACCAACCCUGGUGAUCACGGGCAGUGAUCCAAGCCCACUGGGAAUAUUAAGCCCAUCUCUCCCUACAGCUUCUCUUACGCCAGCACUUUUUUCGCAGACACCCAUCUUACUGACUCCGAGCCCCUUGCUCUCCAGUAUCCACUUUUGGAGUACUCUCAGCCCUGUUGCUCCCCUAAGUCCAGCCAGGCUACAAGGUGCUAACACACUUUUCCAGUUUCCUUCUGUGCUGAACAGUCAUGGGCCGUUCACUCUGUCUGGCCUGGAUGGACCUUCCACCCCUGGCCCAUUUUCCCCAGAUCUACAGAAAACAUAACCUAUGCACUUGUGGGAUGAGAGAACCAAGGAAUAACACCCAAGAGACACCCAACAUGAUUACAUUUAAAAAUUAUUUCAAGUUGCUGUAUGUUAAAAUACAUAACAGCCUCCAGUUUCUUGCUGCAUUGAAAUCUAGAAUUGUGCUGAGGUGCCGUUCUUAGGUGUGUAAACAAGUAUGGCGACAAGUGCAGGUCUCUGUGCAGAAGCCUGGAGCUCUGAGUGAAGGAUCACAGCAACAGGAAAACUAGACUCUUCAUGAAGUACGUAGUCUGUGAUCUGAGGGUGUGACAGGAUGGAAUUGAGAAGUUAAUUGUUCAAUUCAUAAUAGUGAAGUGGAGGCCAGCCAUAAUUAUCUUGAGCAGGUACUCUGACCAGAGAAUUAGUUCGAUGGAAAGUGUUUGGUUAAUUAUCUUCUUGGUUUGGGGUCAACAAUUAAUCAACAAUUAAAUAAACAGUUGUUACUGUUUUUAAUGCUGCUGGUGUUGCCUGAAACAAGGUGCCCUGUUAUUUCUCUGUGUCAUCAGAAUUCUGCUUACUGAAGUUGAAGUUUUAAUCUUAGAAUCUAGAAUUCUUGUGGGUGGUGGUGUGUUAAGCAAGAAAAGAAGGCGGUUUGAUUUCAUUUCUCGUACUUGGUGGAACCUGUUAGGAUGAAAGUCAUGUUUUUACCUGUAAACAGAGCAGAACUGAAAAGGUGAGUUAUUGAUGUAGUAUAAAUGUUCCAUUUGAAGCUGCCAGUUUCUUCAAGCUACUUUUCUGAAAAAAAAAAUUGUGGUAGAUUGACAGCCUGCCAGAAAUAGCAAUUUCUAGGGUGCUGCCAUCCACACUUAGUUGUUGUGAAGAUGGAAAUCAGAGUGGUUUGCGUGAGAGGGGAAAGGUUGGCUCUAAGCUUUCUAUAGAAACCAGGAAAUUCAGGCUGUUAACGUUUUAAAUGAAACCUUUAACAAGAAAAUUUAUGAGGGAUACAAUCAAACAUAGUCUCUUGAACUCUAAUCUUUUGAGUAUAAUAUAGAUCAAGAAGUUUUAUGAGGCUUAAGUUUUUAUUUUAAAAUAUUUUGGGAAACUAGAGCAUUUCUUUCCAAGUCAUUCUGAUUGGCUGAGUGCAUACAUGUGUGUGUAUAUAUACUGAUGUAUUGACUGAGUAUAUGUUUGUGUGUACGUGUAUAAAUAAAUCUAUUUUUCAGAGGGAACAUAUGGUCAUCCUAGUCUAGGAUGGUUCCUAGGCUAUUUUAUACUAAAACUUAAAAACAAAAAUUGGCUGCACUUUGCAGUUGUCACUUUUUAAAAAUUAAUGCCUUGCACAUUUGUUUUUCUAAAUGCAUAGAAUCAUAGGCCUUAAAGACUAAUUGCUUGUCUACUCUUUAGAAAUACUGUACAGUGCUACAUGUGACAUACUCUAAGCAAAGUCAUCUUAAACUGUUUUCUUAUAUUCAUGUAUUAUUGAGCAAAUAAGAAUGUUCUUUCUAAAAACUUCUACAUUUUUGUGUAAAGUCCUUGUUACGUUGGGUUCUACGUUUCUCAGAGAGGAGGUUUAUACUAGACGUAGUAUUUCUAAAAUACAGAUUUAACCAUGAUUGAAAUAGUGGUGGAGGAAUUCUGGCAUUGUAGCUUAUUCAUCCUUUUGAACUGUACAUAGAAAGCAUUAGCAGAAAACUCAAGAGUAUCUUGGGCUGAAUGGUCUUCUCAACUUUGCCUUGUUUCCCAUCUCAUAAGGGCCCGUUCUUGUUCUUGUCCCCUCCAAGGAUUAUGAGCCCUGCGAGGACAGGCCUGGGAUCUUCUGGACGGGUUGGGGGUGGGGAGGUGCCCUGUGGCUGGGCCUGAGUUCUAGCCAGUCCAUCAUUCAAGCUUGCCUAGAGUUCAGGGGUGGGAAUGCCAUAUACUGGUAUGAAAUCACUUGGCACUUUUUGGGACACCAUUAUUAGCACUGUUCUGUUUUUAAUAACUGGAAGCACUUAAUGAUUAUUUUGUUUAAUUUCACCUUGAGGAUAUUGAGGGUCAGGGAAGUUAAGGUUUAUUGCUUGCUCAUGUUUUCUGGAACUUGACUGUUUGGAGAAGGGAUAAGUGGAUUACCCAAUGAGCCAUUCUAGGCUCUGUAAGGUAUGCUGUUUUGGCUAGGAUGCUUUAAAAUAAUUUACAAGCUUUUAAUAUUCUGCUUUGUAGAAAUGUAUGACUUUUAAUGGUUUGCAGUUGGUGGAUUAUACUCAACUUUGUGAAUUCGCCAAAUUUAAGUUUCUUUUCUGUUUAAUCAUUGUUGCUUAUUGUCUGUCAGGUAGGGGACACAGUCCUUUCUAAGACAUUUCAUGCUUUUUGUUUUUGAUGGCAGUAUUACCAAGGGCCUUUAAGUGUACAUUACAUUCAUUGCUUAUGUGAUAAAGUAGCGUAUUGUAUGAACUUCCCUGUUCAGUAUUAGUGAAGUGAACUGAGAUGCAUAUAUGUAAAGAUAGAAAUGAAUGCAAUUAAUUUUUGAUUACUUGAGGCCUAUUUAUUUGGUUUGGCCAUUCGACCUUUUCUAGUCACAAUCAUAUGUAUUUCUUCACUUUUACCUUCUAGCAGUUUCAUUUAUCUUUGUGGGUAGGGAAGAUUAAAUAUGAAACUCAGUCCAGUCAUUUUGCUACUGGUUGGCUUUGGUUUGAGGCAAAUAAAAGUUUUGACUUAGUUUUUUAGAAUUCUGCCCUUUACACUAGAUAAUCAAGUUGGCUUUAAAAAAGUGUACAAUUUUGUCCUUUGAAGAACAAACUAAUAAUUUUCUGUGAGCCCUAUUGGAUCUUCAAGUACGGAUAACACUUGAAAAUUAAAUACCGUUAAACUUUUGAUUUUCGCCCACCCAAUGUGUAAGUCAGAAAGAGAGCAUAUGUCUGCUGUGGUGUUAACACAGAGAGAUGUAUUCUUUUACCUCAGCGUCUUAGUUUGGCCUCUGUAAUAAGAACUUGUCAGGGUGCUUUUCUUAAACUCCGAUUCAUUCAGCUGAGAAGACAGUUACUUCAUUGUUUAUUUUUCCCCUUGUUUAUUUUAUUGAAAUCUAUCUCUCAUAAUAUCUAGUAUCCACUACUUUUGUAUAAACAGAAUACUUACAUAUAAUGCCAGUGCACACCUACCCAAAAGACUGCAUUAUUGUUAAAGUGUCAUUAACAACUUGUCUUGAUUAAUCUGUUUAAUUUACAUGAGGGAGACCUUUGAAGUAUUAAAAUCACUUUCUUUUCUUUUUCCUAAAAAAGCAAUUCAAAUGAUGGUAACUGCUAACAUUUAUUAAAAUCACAUUAAUUGCUGAUGCAGCUGGAGAGAAACUGCCACAUCUUCUAGCUAAGCAGUCUGACUUAACGUGUUGGGAAACUAAGGGAUGUUGUUUUAGGGUAAUUAGUAUGGCUGUAGCUGGAGCCUUCAGCUCUACAUGCGUGUGGCAGAAAAACUUUACAGAGUUUAGGUUGGCGAGGAAGAAUAUGCGCUGGCACUUUGAGGGCUUUAGAAUAUGCUGCUUUUAGGAGGGAAAAGUGUAGUUGAUACUCAGUGCACCUCCAGACAUAGUAAGGGGUUGCUCUGAAUAACCAAUCAGGUGAUCUUUUUUUCCUACGGCUUCAAGUUUUAUGCAAAAAUGUUGUUAAAUUCUGUAAUGAUGAUAUGCAUCUUUUUAGAAAGAUGAUACAUUUUUAAAAACUAUUUUAUAUAAGAAUUGUCAGAGGAAUCUGCUUUGUAUAAUGGCAAGCUGGCUUUAAGAAAGCACUGUAUCAAAUUUACUAAAGUCCAAAAUUAUAUAGAUAUGUUAAUAGAUGUAUGUGCAACUUGAUAUGGACAAUUGUAUUUUUUUAAAUAAAUAUUUUUAACAAAA